ACUUGAUGGCAACUGGUUUAAUAUCUGAGAAAAGAUGACUGCUGGUUCAGUGUGUGUCCCUCAGAUCAUACCACUGAGAGUGCCUCAGCCUGGAAAAGCCAAACAUGAAAUUGAUAACAAUACACUUUUGGAAAUGAAAUCAGACACCCCAGAUGUCAACAUAUAUUAUACCCUGGAUGGCAGCAAACCUGAAUUUCUAAAGAGAAUGGGUUAUGGUGAAAAUAAUACAUUUAAGUAUACAAAACCUAUUACUCUGCCUGAUGGAAAAAUACAAGUUAAAGCUGUUGCAGUCUCUAAAGACUGCAGACAGAGUGGCAUUGUAACAAAGGUGUUUCAGGUAGACUAUGAACCACCAAAGACAGUCUCUUCUGAAGCCGCUGGUGAAAACGUUCUCAAAGAUUCUUCAAAGCAGGAAUUGAAAAAUGGGUUUGUUGGAUCAAAACUAAGAAAGAAAGAUAAGAAUGCUGAAAAUAAACCUGAUUGCAACAUUAACCUUAGAAAGUUUCCAGGCCUUGAGAUAGGUGAAAGAACCGAUCCUAAAAUUUUGAAAGGUCUUCGCUUCUCAGAGAGUCCCCUGGAAAUCCUAGCUUACCGUGAAGAAUCGGGUUCUAGCCCACCCACCCGCCAGUCCCAGUUCUCUCGUUUUGCACACAUAACUGGCCAGAAGAGUUUGACAAGCACAGAGAUCAUGAGAAUUCAAAGAGAGACAGAUUUUCUCAAGUGUGCCCACUGCCUGGCCCCUCGCCCAUCUGACGCCUUUUCUCGCUUCUGUCAAGAAUGUGGCUCUCCUGUCCCACCCAUAUUUGGCUGUCGUCUCCCACCUCCAGAAGGAGCUCAGAUGGGCUUAUGUGUAGAAUGUGGAAGCAUGGUACCCAUGAAUACUCCCAUCUGUGUGGUGUGUGAUGCUCCUCUCACUCUGCAGCUGCAGCCACAGGCCAGCCUCCAUUUGAAGGAGAUGGUAAUCUGCCAAGCCUGUGGCACAGGGAACCCUGCUCACCUGAGAUACUGUGUUACCUGUGAGGGGGGGCUGCCUUUGUCACAAGAGUCAAUGUGCAGUGGCAAUAAACCCCCUCCCCCAUCCACUCAGAAAGGAGAGACCUUUUCCUGCUCCAAAUGUGGUCGCCAGAAUCACCAGGAGGCUUCCUUUUGCAACUGGUGUGGAACCAAGCGUGGCAUUUCCAGUUGCUGCUCUGUUUGCCCUAAAUGUGGAGCUAGCAAUUACCCAUCUGCUCGAUUUUGUGGCUUCUGUGGCAUUCAUGUGGGGUCCUUGGCAAGACUAAGCUUGGAAAACGGCAUGGCCCCAGCUAAUGGAGAACCCUGCCCUUUUUCUAAGUCCCUAAAUGUUCCUUUGCCUGGAUCCAAUGCUGGGUCUAAGAAGGACAUCAGCACACAGACUGUUGGCCUUUUCUACCCAUCCAGCAAGCUGCUAGCAAAGAAGGAGCUGGAACUGACUUCUCAGAAACAAAGGCGGGAGAAGAUGAGUGAUCAUAGACCUGUCCUCACAGCCAUCAGCCCAGGAAGAGGAUACUGGAGAAAACAAUUGGAUCAUAUCUCUGCUCACCUCAGGGCUUAUGCUCAGAACAACCCUGAAUUCCGGACCUUAAUUGCAGAACCCAGGAUGGGAAAGCUUAUCUCUGCUACUGUCCAUGAAGAUGGUUGUGAAGUUAGCAUCAGGCUGAAUUAUAUUAAAGUCUCAAACAAGAACCUUUACUUCAACAAGGUGGUGGAUUUCAGUGACCACUUUCUGAGCAGUGUCACCGAGGGUGGUAAUGGGCUGUGCCGCAGCAGAUCCAGCUUGGUAAGUGACUACAGCCAGAGUACCUCAGAUACCACUGAAAAAGUCAAGAGGACAAAGAACUUCAAGGCCAAAACAUUUCAAGAAAAGAAAAAACAGCUUACACCUCAAAACAGACACCUGCUAAAGGAAGUCGGACCUGCAGGGGAAGGAAGAGUCUCUGUAAUUGAAGAGCUGCUUGAUGAAGGGGCGGAUCCCAACUGCAGUGAUAACGAAGACCGGCCUGUUAUCACCGUGGCUGUUAUGAACAAGCACCACGCAGCAAUUCCGAUUCUCGUGCAUCGAGGAGCACACGUCGACCAGCAGUCGGGACUGCUCAGAAAUACAGCUCUUCAUGAAGCAACUCUGCUUGGCCUGGAAGGAAGGAAAUGCAUUGCUGCUUUACUGGGAUGCAAUGCAAGCAUCCAAAAGAAGAACAUGAAAGGCCAGACAGCAUACGACCUGGCUCUGGAAAUGGGGAAUGACCUCAUCACCACUCUCUUUGCUGCUAAGCUUGGCCAAGGGCCCCUGGACCAACUCGCCAGACCCAGAAGCCUCAGCCUGGAUGACUGUUAG